CCAAUCGGGGUGACCCCUCUAAGAGCUCCUCCCAAGGCCCUCCGCCAAUCCGAGUGCAGCACCAUUACCCCAUAAGUCCCAGCGCCGGACAGAGGAGGCCAUUUCUUACCAAGCACACGUGUUUUAGAAAAGCGUGGAAAGGCUGCCGAGAGGAAACAUGGACUCCUUCACCACCCCCGUCAGAACUUCGGACUUUGUUUUAGCCCCGAGGGUCUUUGACCGUCCACGGAAAAGACGUUACAUCAGCGACAGUUCUGAGGAGGAGGGUGUGACUUUGGGGAGCCCUUUGGCCCAGCCGUUGUUGGAUACGCCGGACCCCGACCCCAAAACCCUCGUGAGACACCCCGAGGAGCCUGAUGGUCUCUCUUUGUCCAACCCCUCAGAUUGCCACUUGGGAGAGUCACCGGUGGACAAGGCAAACGGAAAAGAAGGCGCUCAGCAGCUCGACGAUGCCUUUCUAGAGGACCCAGAGCCCCUGGACAGCGUUGCAUCAAGCAGCGAAGAUGAACCGGGCCCACCAUGUUUUUGCUCAACACCAAUACAAAUUGUUGAAGAGGGCUCCGAGGAUGAUGGGUUUGAGGAAUUUAGGAGGAGGCUUGGCAUAGAACUAUCCGAGCCAGUGCCACGUCGUGAGCGUAAAAAAGUUAUGCGGACUAUUGUACGCGUUGCUGUUUAUGCUGUUCUUAAACAUUGCCUUAGGGAAAAGCUUUUUGAAGAUUGUGAGGGCUGUGCUAUAGAUGCGCCAGCCCAACGACACCAUGACUGUAAGGCCUUUUGCCCUUAA